CCAGUAUUUUGAACUGGCUGAGAAGAUGACGAGAGCAGUAACUGCCCGUAGAAGAAGAUACAACGGGGCAUGAAGGGACAACCCUGAUGACUGCCGACAGGUAUUACCGGGGCUGUCUGUCCUCAAAGCAGAGGAAGAGGGAGGAGGGGUUUUUAGUGGGUAUGGCAACAACAUCCGCCCGAGUCCCACAUAACCCAGUGAUGCGGGUCACUGGGCAUGCGUAACAGCAUUUUCCCCUCCUCACGCAAAAAAAAAAAAAAAAAAAAAAAAAAAAAAAAAAGUAUCGGAGAACCGGGUACGCCUGUUCCUUAUCGUAAUACUCCAAGUAGAUUGGAGUUAUAAUUGUUCAGAUUUUCAAUGAAAUGUAAAUAUAAGACUACGUGGUGUAUCAUCAACUUGUGAUGACUGGCAAGAAGGAGUACAUGCAAUGCGUUACUGCCGUUGAUGGCCACUGGCUAGCCGAAUUGGAUCCUACGCUUUUUAGCGUGAAGGAAACUGGACGAAGCGGACGAGCAAAAAGACGUACAAGACAUUCACAUGAAAUGGAAGGGCAGAUGAAAGAAGCGGAAGAAGAAAUGAAAGCUAGGGCCCGAGAACAACUUGAAGGUGAACAAGCUUCUAUCAGGAAGAAGGAAAUAUUGACGCCAGGUAUCGGAGAACCGGGUACACUUGUCCUUUUUUAA